AUCCCCAGAACCAGCAGCGGGGGCUCAGGUCAGUCAGUCAGUCCAGUCAGCAGUCAUCCACGCAGCUAUCUAUAUUCCCUUUUCUUAAAUUAGCCACUUUAAGCUUCGCGAUACCGCCCCCAAUUUCAGCGUCGGUACGGAGCCGCCAGGCCGGGACAGAGACGGAGAGAGAGGCCUCGGCCAUGGAAGCGCUCGGACCCGGCCCGCCCGCCCCUCCUCCCUCUCUGUUUCAGCCUCCGCGGCGUCCCGGCCUCGGCACAGUGGGGAAACCCAUUCGGCUCCUAGCCAACCACUUCCAGGUGCAGAUUCCCAAGAUUGAUGUCUAUCACUAUGAUAUCGACAUCAAGCCUGAGAAACGGCCUCGAAGGGUCAACAGGGAAGUGGUGGACACCAUGGUGCGGCACUUCAAGAUGCAGAUCUUUGGAGACAGACAGCCUGGCUACGACGGGAAGAGAAACAUGUACACAGCACAUCCACUGCCAAUUGGGAGAGACAGGGUGGAUCUGGAGGUCACUUUGCCUGGUGAGGGGAAAGAUCAGACGUUCAAGGUGUCUUUGCAGUGGGUGUCAGUGGUCAGUCUACAGAUGCUGCUGGAAGCUCUGUCGGGUCACCUUAACGAGGUCCCCGAAGACUCCGUUCAGGCUCUGGAUGUCAUCACACGGCAUCUUCCUUCCAUGAGGUAUACUCCCGUAGGGCGUUCGUUUUUCUCCCCUCCAGAGGGUUAUUACCAUCCUCUGGGUGGAGGCAGGGAGGUGUGGUUUGGUUUCCAUCAGUCUGUCCGUCCUGCUAUGUGGAACAUGAUGCUCAAUAUCGAUGUGUCAGCGACUGCUUUCUACCGUGCCCAGCCUGUCAUAGAGUUCAUGUGCGAAGUGCUAGAUAUACAGAACAUCAACGAACAGACGAAACCCCUGACCGACUCGCAGCGCGUCAAAUUCACCAAGGAAAUAAGAGGCCUGAAAGUUGAGGUCACACACUGUGGUCAAAUGAAGAGGAAGUACCGUGUUUGUAAUGUAACUCGCCGACCUGCCAGCCACCAAACGUUCCCCUUACAGCUUGAGAACGGCCAAGCCAUGGAGUGCACAGUAGCUCAGUAUUUCAAGCAGAAGUACAAUCUGCAGCUCAAGUAUCCACAUUUACCAUGCCUUCAAGUAGGGCAGGAACAGAAGCACACCUACCUUCCCCUGGAGGUCUGUAACAUAGUAGCAGGCCAGCGCUGUAUUAAGAAACUGACAGACAACCAGACAUCCACCAUGAUAAAAGCUACAGCUCGCUCGGCCCCCGACAGACAGGAAGAGAUCAGCAGACUGGUCAAAAGUAACAGCAUGGUCGGGGGCCCGGACCCUUAUCUGAAGGAGUUUGGCAUUGUGGUGCACAAUGACAUGACAGAAGUGACCGGACGUGUUCUCCCAGCACCCAUGCUGCAGUAUGGGGGCCGGGUGAGUACAGACACAGGGAGGGACUGUGGCAGGGGACUCUCUCCGCAGAAUAAAACCGUUGCCACGCCCAACCAGGGCGUGUGGGACAUGAGAGGGAAGCAGUUCUAUGCCGGCAUCGAGAUCAAGGUCUGGGCUGUGGCCUGCUUCGCGCCUCAGAAACAAUGUCGGGAGGACCUGCUCAAGAGCUUCACUGACCAGCUUCGAAAGAUCUCAAAGGACGCUGGGAUGCCCAUUCAAGGGCAGCCAUGUUUCUGUAAAUACGCUCAAGGAGCUGACAGUGUGGAGCCCAUGUUCAAACACCUCAAGAUGUCUUAUGUAGGUCUGCAGCUGAUUGUGGUCAUCCUGCCUGGCAAGACGCCAGUCUAUGCUGAGGUAAAGCGGGUGGGUGAUACACUCCUUGGCAUGGCAACCCAGUGUGUGCAGGUAAAGAAUGUAGUGAAGACCUCCCCUCAGACCCUCUCCAACCUGUGCCUCAAGAUCAACGCCAAGCUGGGAGGCAUCAACAACGUCCUGGUGCCUCAUCAGAGGCCCUCUGUGUUCCAGCAGCCGGUCAUCUUCCUGGGUGCAGAUGUAACACAUCCUCCAGCAGGUGACGGGAAGAAGCCGUCCAUCGCGGCAGUGGUGGGCAGCAUGGACGGCCACCCCAGCCGUUACUGUGCCACGGUCCGAGUCCAGACGUCAAGACAAGACAUGUCCCAGGAGCAGCUCUUCAGUCAGGAGGUAAUCCAAGAUUUGACCAACAUGGUGCGGGAGCUGCUCAUCCAGUUUUACAAGUCCACGCGCUUCAAGCCCACACGAAUCAUCUAUUAUCGUGGCGGUGUGUCUGAGGGACAAAUGAAACAGGUAGCGUGGCCGGAGCUGAUAGCAAUCAGAAAGGCCUGUAUCAGUCUGGAGGAGGAUUACAGGCCGGGCAUUACCUACAUUGUGGUUCAGAAACGUCACCACACUCGUCUCUUCUGCUCUGACAAAGCUGAGAGGGUUGGGAAGAGCGGCAAUGUCCCUGCAGGCACCACAGUGGACAGCACCAUCACACACCCGUCCGAGUUUGACUUCUACCUGUGCAGCCAUGCUGGAAUUCAGGGAACCAGUCGUCCCUCCCACUACCACGUCCUGUGGGAUGACAACUGUUUCACUGCCGACGAACUGCAGCUCCUCACCUACCAGCUGUGCCACACCUAUGUCCGCUGCACGCGUUCCGUCUCCAUCCCAGCACCAGCCUACUACGCCAGGCUAGUGGCUUUCCGAGCCCGCUAUCACCUGGUAGACAAAGACCAUGACAGUGCUGAAGGCAGCCACGUGUCGGGCCAGAGUAAUGGCCGGGACCCCCAGGCGUUGGCCAAGGCAGUUCAGAUCCACUAUGAUACCCAGCACACCAUGUACUUCGCCUGAGCUAGCGAGCAUGUCAGCCAGUCCACCUGUGGAUUUCCUGUCUUUGUCUUUUUAUCUCUUAUUUGCCAGUCUCUCUCUUCUCCCACUUUAUCUCUUUCUCCUUGUAGUCUGUCUCUUUUUCUUUACACUCACUUUACAUUUUUCUGAAUCUGCACCAAAGCGGCUCUUGAAUGGGGGAAUCUGCUGUGUCCUUAUGUCUAGCAGGUUUUUGUUUUGAAGGAACAAUCUCCAACCAGCGUUCCCAGUCGAGCCGCCUUUCAAACCAGCAAUCCAGUACUGGGAACCCUGAGGGUUUCCAGUACACAAAAGAUAAAAACGAAAAAAACAAACCAUACACACACAUACUACAAGUUGAGCCAUUAUUUUGAGUUUAUUUUUUCUAUUUGAAUGUCUGCACUCUUGUGUUUUGUAAGAUACACUGAGCAAGGGAGUGGAUUGGCACAAUCUGUGUCAGCGCAGCUCUUUAGCUCUCCCAGCUAAGCAGGACUCUUAUCUACUUUUACCUCAAAGCCCCUUUGGGCAAAAUCUGUCACAAGGUCUUGGGUUUAUUGGGUGGUGGGGAGGGAACUCUACAGGUAAAGAGAUGGAGGGGAGUUGACCUUUUGAGAAUGAUAUAUAUACAUACAUAUAUAUAUUAUAUAUUUUUCCUUUUUAUGAGCGUCUGUUUUAACUUUUCUCCUUUACGGUCUUUUACAAGCGAGGUGACCUGGGUGUCAUGCCCAUUACUACUUUUCUCCCAUCUUAGUGAAGAAUACGCGUGUGUGUGUGUGUGUGAGAGUGAGAGAGCAUCUUUGUAUAUACAUGUACUGCUGUAUGAGUGUGUAUGUGUGUUUCAUGGCAGGCCACUGAAUUGUAAAGGGAAAUCAAGGAGAUAACUGCUGUAAAUGCCUCAGAUUUGUUGUUUUUAUAUUCACACAUACAGUACAUAUAAGCAUAUAUUUACAUCUAUAAAGCAACUUUGAGACAUAUGACUUUUAAACAGGCCUCAUAGAGGCUGGUGUGGGUAUUUGUAGCAGUCCUGGGUCACUUAUUAAUUGAAAUGCUUUGAAUUACAUUUGGACAUGUUUUAGCCUGCAACUAGUGGAAGAUGGGUGGGAUAUGCACCUUCGGGAGCCAGCUGCUCCCUUUGUGCCUCAAAACACCAUUGAAUCCCAGGAAAAGUGACUUAAUCCAUUUCACAUAGUAAGUGAAGUCAGGUCUGACGUGUAGCAGUAGUAACUGUGGUCUGGCCUGUGAGUGGCUAAGCAUUGGGACCUGUAGAAUGGCUGCAUGCAUUAAACACAGAGUUUGGUCUUAUCAGCCUUGCUUUCUGUGUGAAAACACAGUCUUAUUUUUAUUUGGACCUGAUUAUCUGAAAGAUUAUGAGGACACUGCUGGACGUUGCUUUUCUUGUGUUGUUUUUUUUUUGUUUUUCUUUUUGUAGUAGUUUGAAGAGCCGGAAACCAACAUAGUUUUUUGAGGUCUCCUUUGCUAAUACUGGCCAAUUCAUUGCACUGACCCGGGACGCUAGGCAAGCAACAGAGGGCACUCUCAAUCUCUCUUACCUUUAUGCAUUUAUACAUACGAAUCAACAAAGCAGAUUUGUAAAAGUUUAAUAUAAGAUGUUUUGUGGUUAUCUUAAAAACUGUUAUUUAGAAUUAGUAGUUUACCAUUGAUGUUGUUGUUAUCGUUGUUGUCAAUGUUAUUACUAUUGUGAUGAAAUUUUAAGGUUGGCAGCAAAGCCAGUUAUAUAGUUACUAGUGCGACUUCAGGAAUAGACUUCAGUUGUUGAGCUGCAGGUUAAGGGGUAGAGCUAUGGGUUGGACAUUUUUGUAGCAUUCUGGUUAAUGGUGGGGAGAAGAAGUAGGCCCCUGAUGGAUGAGUUCAUGCUUCCUCUGUAGGUUAUGAUGAGUAAAAAAUCGCGGUAUUGUGUAGCACUCCGACUAGUAAAACAAAUCUGCCGCUGUGUACACCGCUCAGCUGGCAUUGGUUGGUUUUGAUCAUAUAGAUGGAGACAAUCAGGGAUUGUAAUCAGAGUGAACCUAAGUUAAGGGAUUUGUUGAAAAGCGGUCUGCGAUAAGCAAUGAGUUGAAUUUUUAGACUUUUUUUAAAAAAUGGUUUCUAUUACUCUGUGUGUAUUUGAAGUAUACCCAUCUUAAAGUCUCUGCUAUUUGACGGUGUUUGUUUCAUAUUUUUAUGCAUUUUUAACACUGGAUUAAAUAAAUUGACAAUAAGCAUAAGCACUGCCCUUGGACCCCUUGUACAAACACUCUGUGGUGACAGUUGCACAAGUGGUGCCCCCUGGUGUUGUGAUUGGAUAGAGUUGCAGGACAGGAGUGUUUGGAGAAACUGUCGACGUGCACGCCUCGUCAGGAGGGGACAGCUCAGUGAAAACCCUUUUGUAAUAAACCACCCGUAAAGCAGCAGGUUUACUAUGAAUGAGUUUGGGCACCUGCCUGUUGAAGGCGUGGGCGUUGGCAUUGGCCAGGAGUGGAGAAGUGGGAAAUGAGGAGUCCUAGUGGGUGGGGUCGGGUAUUGGGAGGGUGUUGUCCAGGCACUGCAUGCAAUAAGUUUUACUCUUUGUUUAAAGAGGGCAGAUCAGUUUAUAAAAUGUGCACUAGUUUUACCAAGCAAAGCGGGCUGUGAUUGAAUAUUCAUCUGAUAUCUCUAAUGAGGAAUGAUUUGGUGUUUUAUAUCCUUCACUAUUUAUCAUUAAACUCCAGUCAGAUAAAUGAUGACUCCCUGUUUGUAACAUGACAUUGCAAAGCAAUAUUAACCCCGUUCUAGUUUUCAAAUGUGGAAAAACAAAGCUAUAAUUCUACUCAUUGUGGUUGUUGGUCUACUCGCAAUUGUGUCUCUGUACUUUUAUUUUUUUAAAUUUUAGUUUAUUUUAUUUGCUUGUAUCAAUCAGUGGGAAUGUGCAUUUGGUGAAAUAGUUAUGUAGGCAUUAGCCAAUUUUCUUUUAAAGUAACUAAAUGUAGACUUUGCUCGCCUGCAUGCCAGAGUGUUGUCCUUUUUAAAAAAGAAAAAAAAAGAAAAGAAACCCCUCUUUUGGAAUCAUAUUUAUUAUGAGAGAGAAAAAAAUAUAAAUGCUUUUUUUGGGGGGGUAAAUGUUAAUCAAUUUAGUGGGACUGUUUAGGUUAGCAAUAUUUGUCCAGUCUCUCUAAGAUUCAUUUUAAAGAUUCCUACACAAAUGUCAGUAAUUCGGGAGGUACAAGCUGUUUUCUGGGGCGAGGGGGGCCAGCUCUUUGCGUCGUGUUCAAAUUCAAACGAGGUACUUUCUUCAAACGUGGACCCGUUAAAGGCCGAACCCCUCUCCUCUUUGCCAGGUUACUGUAGCGAGCAUCCAUUUUGUCUCCUCGUUCCUGGCUUGUACCUGUGGCCACGCCUCUUUUAGUGGGGUCUCUCCUGUCUCCAUGGCAACUCUGCUGACCCCUCACAAAUGCACUUCCUCUUUGUGAAGCGGUCCCCAUGGCAUCAGCGGAGCAGGAUUACCUCUUUUUAACCUUUUUAAAAAAAGAUCCAUAAUUCUUUCUGUGCCCCUAUAGAAAGAGCAUGAAUUAUUUUUAAAUUCCUAUCACUUUGAUAUAUUGUUAUAUCUUAACGGAUUUGUAAUUUGACAUUGUAUUGUGUAUUUUCAUUUUCCUAUUUUUAUUUAAAAUUUUUUUGGUUUCUUGUAGCUCUGCUCGUUUUUUUUUUUUUGUUUGUUUUCUGCUAGUGGUCUCUGAAGCUGUAUGUGAUUGUCUAAUAGCAAUAGAAUUGGAACAUUCCAAUUCUGUGAAUGGAACGUUCCGAUUUUAUGAAUGAACGGUGCCCUUUCUGGGGCAAGGCAUGUUCUAGCUCCGCCCCCGGCAGAGGGCCAUUCACUCACUGUUAUUGCUAUUAUGUGACAUGUUCAAUUACUUUUUUUUUUUUCUUUUUUUUUUUUUUUUUAGCCUGCAGGGAAUUCUUGUGUUAAUGUGCAAAUUAAUAAAUUGGUAUUUUAAGCCUUAACA